GAAUUCCCUCCCUCUGAACCCAUUUCCCUGUACGAAACACGUAUUCCAAGUUCCACUCCACACUCGACCGUUGAAGACUCCAGAGUUGAAGAGAGAGAGAAUAGAGAGAGAAACAAAAUAGCAAUGGUGACUCGGAGAAAUGCUAAAACCCUAGAAACCCCAGCAAACCCAACCACCGACCUAAUCAACGAAAAUGGCCACACCCAAAUCGAAGAGUCCCACAAAAAAUCGGACUACGAGCAGGCCAGGGAACAGAGGAUCAAGGAGAACCGUGAGAGAAUGGAAAAGCUGGGCAUUUUCGACCUCUCCCUCAAGUUCAAGUCGGUCAAGCCCGCUCGCAACAACUCCUUGAAUGGAAAACCCAGUAGGUGUCUCUCUCCUCUGCCGCCCCGUGGACCCACUCGCCGGUCUUCUAGGUUGCAGAAUGCGACACCAGUUGUCUACUCUGAGGUGGAAGUCUCAAAAAAGAAUAGGAGUACUUCUUUGGAAGAUGAGCGCGAUUUACUGGGAGAGGGUUCAAAGCCAGAGGUUUACACGGACAAACAUGAAAAGCUGUUGGGCAACACUGAGAGGAGUUGGACUCUUUUCGUUGAUGGUAUCGGACAAGACGGGAAGAGAAUUUACGACCCAGUCAAGGGAAAAACUUGUCAUCAAUGCAGGCAGAAAACCCUUGGUCACCGCACACACUGCAGCAAAUGUGGCAUGGUCCAAGGACAGUUUUGUGGAGACUGUUUGUAUAUGCGAUAUGGGGAACAUGUUCUUGAAGCAAAUCAGAAUCCGGACUGGAUUUGCCCCGUCUGUCGUGGAAUUUGCAACUGCAGUUUGUGCAGGCAAGCAAAAGGAUGGCCUCCCACUGGCGCUCUUUAUAGGAAGAUUUCUCAGCUGGGCUUCAAGUCGGUCGCACAUUAUCUCAUCCAAACCCAACGAUCACAGCCUGAUUCCGACAAAAAUCCCGGUACUAAGCUUCCGGCAUCUUCCAAAAAAUCACUGCUGUUUUCAGAAGUAGAAGCAACAUCAGAGGGGAACAAAUUGCCUAUCUCCAACGAUGACAAUCUCAGUUUGGUAACCACCAAAGAUGAAGAGAACAAGACAGAUGAUGAGCUCAAAGGUGUGAAAAUUGAAGAAAUGGAUUUUGUUGAGAACGAACAUGGUGAUAGUGAUAUUGCAUCUAAAAGCAGCCAAGAGCCUGACGAGAAGUCUGCACUUACCUCAGAGUCAUCAGAGUCUGAAUUGGAAGGCAAGAAAGAGGAGAAACUGCAGGUUCCAGAUUAUAAACACAGUGACAAUCAUGUUCCACUGGAAAGCAGCCCAAAGUUAAAAAGAAAGUCUCCUCAUCCUAUUGCUGAACCAACCCCAGGUAGUAUAGGUGGUAGACUCAGGCAGAGGCGUCGUACUGGCAAUGGGCAAUCAGUACUAGUGGAGACAGCAUAGGUGGAGUAUUGAGGCUUCGAUGCAAGGGAACAUGAUGGACUAAUGGGGGGUUUUGUCGGCUUGAACUCAAGCCGAGAAUUUCAUUGUUGCAUAUGUAGAGCGACUUGAAAAAAUGUUGCAAGACGAUGUUUUGUGCGCUUGAAUGUAUUUUGCAGCAUUCGGAUGCGAUGACAUGCUGGAUACGGCUUUUUGGGUUGUUUUUGUUUAGUCCUAAGCAUUAUGCAAGAUGUGAUCGAUAUCGAAGCAACCUUCAUUACUUGGUUAGUACGUGUUGCGACUCAAGUUUCACGCUUGUUUUGGUUAUGUAGACCAAUUUAUUGAGAAAAUGGAGGGAAAAUUUAUGUCCAAGCUA